UCGCCGAGGCGUCAGUACAACAGAGUGCUUCUCCCGAAUUGUUGGCAAGAUCAGUCAGAGCUAAAUUGACUGCUGAUGCCGACAAAGAGAAAACCUCUAAAUGCUUUGCGGCUGCACAGACAUGCAGCAGUAACAAAAAUGUACAUCUUGCUCUUAACCCAGCAAAUGUUGACACAAACGAAAGGGAUGAUGUUUUCAGAUACACUCAUACAAAGCAAAGGACAGUCAGUGAAAGUGCAACGACUUCAACCGCAAGUGAUGCGGUUGUCAAAGAGUCUAAAGUUUCGUCAACUACCGAAGCAAAUCUGACAUCUAAUCUACCAUCGGUGCAAGGCCUUAGCAUCGGGAAAGUAUUGGAAAAGCAGCAUCUCUUGUGGUGGUCUGAAAAAUUAAAAGUAACUCAGCUUGAAUGUGUGCCUUCCUGUGAAAAACUUUUUAUGGAAACCAUUUGGCAAAAUUCACAAUUAUGGGACAGCGAUGAUGGAUAUAAUUUGUCCGCGUUUAAUCAAACCAAUGGUAUUUGGCCCAUUGGCCAUCCAUUACCACUACCAGAUUGGAUAUCUCAUAACGAUAUUGAAAAGCAAAAAGGAAUUCUGUAUUUCGAUUCUGUUUGGCAGUAUGAAGAUUUGAGUGCGAUAAUUGAAACAAAACUUCAACGCAUGUUGGAAGAGACUCACUAUGACACUAUUCAUUUAUUUGUUGAUUUUUAUCAAGCUUUCAAACGUACUCGCCGAUCAGAUUUGAGAUCGUUUUAUCAAUUCUAUGAUAUACCAAUCAAUCGUCGCCAUCACAUGUGUGUCUCCUUAGCUAUGGAAAUAAUGGCAUGUCUUGUCGAAUUGACUCCUUUUCUUCUACAUUAUCUUUAUAUAGUUUCGUGUGAAGAGCAGGUAGCAUCUUUAAGUGAUUACAUUGAGUCUGCGGAAGAACUAGGCGGCCUCAAUUCACCCCAUGCUAAUGUCGAGAAGGAACAUGCCAUGGUUGCCAUGAAAGUGUGCAUCGCAGGCCGUCGAGGUGUGCUGAUUUUGGAUCCCGGCUAUCAUGUAGGUCGCGCCGUAACGAUAAUGCAAGACCAAAUGUAUCCUCACACAGGUUGGUUUACGCAAUCAAAGGAGCAGCACUUGCAACGUGACUACUGUUACAAAUAUAAUAUACAGAAUAAUAAAUAUAUCGAAUGGAUGGAGAGGGAGACGCGUGGCGAUCAAGCUACAUAUAAAACUUCGCUCGUAUAUAUAGACCAACCAUAUGUGACUGCGAUUGACGUAACUGUGCGACGUAAUUUAGUUUAUAACUUCAGAUCAAUGUUAUCGCGCGACGCAAAGGGACGUGUGUUUGCAGGCAUUUACCUUCCCAUUUCCCCCGAUUGUAAUGAUGCACAUUUCACGAUAUUUUACGAAGGCACAGACCAACGUAUUAAAGCUAAAUUUCCAUUUUACAUAUUCAAAAAUAAUUCUAAGAUUCCCGAUCAAAUCCAAAAUCAUUUGGAGAAGUUAGCACCUCAACUAAAUAUGAAACAACGGGACCUUGCAAAACUUCUACUGUCCCUAGCCGAGGUAGUGAUGGAUAGAGACUUCAUAAAACAAGUCCUCGCUAUCAAUGAUGAUAUUGGCAACAUGACAACGGAAAAUUGACAAUCGCGGAAGCGCGUAAACACCAUUCAAAAGCAACUUACUAAACGCAGCGAAAGUCUGGAUACAUUAUUAGAGAAGCACGACACAACAUAAAUGCGAAAAAAAUUUCUUUAAAAAUGCUUUUUUCUGCUUACUUAAUAUUUUAUAUUUAUAGUCUAACACAAAGAGAACAACAUACAUAUGCAUUCUUGAUCGUAUGUAUGUACACGCAUACACGCAUUCAUACGCAUAUAUGAAUAUAAAGCUAUACGUGU